GCCAAGAGACAGACUACUGCGAGUACGAAUAAAUUGAGUUCCGAAUACAUAUCUGACCAGUUGCGGUUUUGAAUUUUGUCUCUCUUCGUGGCUCUCCUUGCUCUUGGUGUCGAUUUAUCUGUUAAGUCAUGGCGGACAACUCCCAUGUACCCCUCCCUACGGAGCCACCAUACAAUGCUUACGUUGGCAACCUGCCAUACCAGAUCGUCGAAGAAGACGUGCGUAACAUCUUCAGUGGACUGAAAGUAAAAAGUGUCAAUUUAGUGCAGGACAGGGAAACAGGCAGGUCCAGAGGAUUCGGCUUUGUGGAAUUUGAAGACGCGGAGUCCUUAAAACAGGCUCUGGAGUUUGACGGAGCUAGCUUCGGAGACCGUAACCUGAAAGUCAAUGUUGCAAGAAGCCGCCCGGAUGGCCGCGGCAGGGGAUACGGAGGAGGACGUGACCGUGGGUCCUACGGCAGCCGUGGUGGCGGAGGGAGCCGUGGGGGCGGUUAUUAAGCGGAUAUUAGGCCACAGCAAGUAAAUCUUAUGGAUGACAUCCUCUGCAGAUUGCAAAAA